AUGGAAAGUAACAAGGAUAAAGCUAUAAAAUCAAUAGGUAUUGCCGAGAAGAAAAUCUCAGAGAACGAUUACGUAGGCGCCAAGAAAUUCGUCAACAAGGCUGAAAAUUUGUAUCCAAAGCUUGAUGGAUUGAAACAAGUAUCGAUGAUGAUUGAUGUCUACAUCUCUGCAUCAGAUAAGAUCAACAGAAAAGGAGAAGCUGAUUGGUAUGGAGUUCUUGGUGUUGAUCCUUUGGUUAAUGAUGAAGAUCUGAAAAGACAGUACAAGAAGUUAGCUCUAUUGCUUCAUCCUGAUAAGAACAAGUUUACUGGUGCAACAGAGGCGUUUAAGCUGAUCUCAGAAGCUUGGUGUGUGUUAUCUGAUAAGGCUCAGAGAUUUGCUUAUGAUCUGAAGAGGAAAUCAACAGAUAUAGAGGGUGGAAUGUACCAGAAAGAACCAAAGCGACACAAGCCAGAUUUUUCAAGGAAUAAGCCGAAACAUGCGAAUGAGUAUGAGUAUGAGCCCCAUUUUUCAUGGAACAAGGCUCAAAAUGCGACUGGGCCAGAGUUUUCAUGGAAUCCUGGGAAAGUCAAAAUCAGAACCUUUUGGACAAAGUGCGAUAGAUGCAACACAUACUGUCAAUUUGAGAGUGGUAGUGCUUAUCUUAAUAAGACCUUAUCUUGUCCAAACUGCAGACAGGAUUAUGUUGUAACCGAGAUAGAACUAGAGGUGAUGGGAGGGAGGCGAGUCGUUAGGUUCAACAAAAGUAGAACUGAUACUUCUUCUUCAAGUACUUCAGCAUCUGAUAGCGCAACGCUGCAGAAGAAAGAAUGA